AUGGAUGAUCCUAAUGUAGGAAAGGUCAAUCAGCAAGGAGAAGAAGUUAGAUACAGAGGCGUUAGGAGGCGGCAGUGGGGGAAAUUUGCAGCGGAGAUACGUGACUCAACAAGGCGUGGAGCAAGGUUAUGGCUAGGGACUUUUAGCACAGCAGAAGAGGCUGCAAGGGCUUAUGACAGGGCUGCAUAUUCAAUGAGGGGCCGUUUAGCAAUCCUUAACUUCCCUGGGGAAUAUCCUGAAACUAAGGUUGAUUCUGAUAUAACUUCCUCUUCCUCGUCGUUAUCACCAUUGUUAUCAUCAUCGGCCUCAUCAUCUUCUUCAAUGCCGCAGAAUGCCGAAAGAAGUGGGACAGAACAAGACAAAAUAGUCUUUGAGAUUGAGUACUUGGAUGACAAGUUACUGGAGGACCUUCUUGAUUUUGAGAAAGAAAAUACCAGGAAAUCAGAGUGA